GCCAAACUGAUUGGCUCUCGGGUCAAGGAAACGGGAAGCACGCAGGUUGUGUGUGUGAUUGAGUAAUUUAUGGGGAGGGUUUGAGCUAGAUCUGCUGCUGUUGCGGACAGAGACUAUUUCAGAAACGCGUGGCAUUCACGACAGGAGGGGCGCGCUGACAAAUCGCUCAGUAUACGAACACAUUUUUAAAGACCAGCCCGUUUGUCUUCAUAAAUGGGGAGCUUCUUUUCUAAAAAAUCGAGGAGAAAAUCUCCUAAAAAAAAGGACGCCGCUGGGGACGAGAGCGCUGCGGGUAAUGACCUCCCCGAAACUAACAACAGUGCGCUCGGCAGCAACAGCAACCAGGAGGCUCCGAAGCAAUACAGUUGGGACAAACGAGAGAAGGUUGAUCCCAAAGACUUCAUGCUGACAGGCCUCAAGAAUGAAACCGUUGGCCGGUUGCCAGGCACACUCAAUGGCCAGCAGUUUGUCAUUCAGGAGUGUGAGAACUGCAACAUCUACGUAUUGGACCAUUCGGCGACUAUAACCAUCGACGACUGUGUGAACUGCCGCAUAGUGUUGGGUCCAAUCAAAGGCAGCGUGUUCUUCAGAGACUGCAAAGAUAUCAAAUGCGUAGUGGCCUGCCAACAGUUCCGCACCAGAGACUGCAAGAAAAUGGACGUCUUUUUGUGCUGCGCCACCCAGCCCAUCAUCGAGUCUUCUACGGGCAUGAAGUUUGGCUGCUUUCAGUACUACUACCCUGAGUUGGCUUUCCACUUUAAAGAUGCAGGCCUUAGCAUUUUCAAUAACAACUGGAGCAAUAUUCAUGACUUCACACCUGUGUCCGGAGAGACCAAUUGGAGUCUCCUGCCAGAAGAGGCUGUUGUCCUGGAUCACGUGCCUUUACCGGAUUCUGAGUCGGAGUUUAAAUCCGUGAGAAUUUCGACCGAGGCGAGCCGGAGCAUAGUUCCCCUGACCAAAGGAGGCCGGCGUAAGGAGAGCGAAGAGUCCUGCCUGUUUGUGUUCUUCGCUGGAGACUACACCACUGCUAAUGCCCGCAAGCUUAUUGAUGAGGCAUCUACCAAAGGCUUUAUCCUCAUCCAGACCAAAGAGGUUUCCAUGCGUCCUGAAGAUGUGAACAGAGUGUUCCAGGAUAACGCUGAAAGCCUCACCGAGUGUAUAACCAAAGGUCCAGUGGUAGCCCUUGAGCUGAAUGGAGACGGUGUAGUGGAGGCAUGCCGAGCCAUUGCUGACGAAUUGUUCAAUGGGACUAAGGUGUUUGUUUCUGAGAGCAAAAGCACGUCCUCGCGAGACGUUGACAACUUUUUCAACUUUGCUGACAUGCAGAUGGGACUGUGAAACUGACGCAGAGGGUCAUCCCACCAUGAUGUGGGUUUAUAUUUGUGUAUAUUUUGUAAUUUUACUGUUGUGACUGUUGAUUACUUUGGGUAAUGGCAUAACAUUGAUGCCAAGCCACAGGUCUUAAUGGGUAUUUUAUGUAUUUGUAUGUAUGACCUGAUAAUUUUUUUUUUUCUGAUGUCACAAAUGGUAUUAAUAAUGGCAUGGUGUCAAUCAGUUCAUCUGAAUCAAGGCAAGUGCCUUUAGAUAUAAAAUAAACUCAAAAAGAACUGGAAUGUUAGAGUCUAAUCAAACUUUGGCUGUGGACAUUUUCAUUUAUGCUGAAAAUCGUACAUUUAAUUAUAUAGAUAUUUAUUUAAUUGUUUUUAAUGAAUGUAUAGAAAAUUGUGUUUUAUUCAGAUUUGUCUGUAUUCAUGUAUCAAUGACACAUUUGUAUAUCUAAGUGUAUGCUGGGUAGCUGUAAAAAUGUGUACUUGUUAAAAUAUUUGUCAGAAAACAAUAAUU